GUAUUUCUGGUACUUCUGUGGAAAAAAAUAUCACUUUGGACAGUGCAACUGGAAUUGAACUUUCAUGCAGAUUGGACAAUAAAUAUUCUCAUUUGAAAAGUCUUCAAGUGACUUGGAAGAGGGGAAAUGAAACAAUCAGACACAUCAAUAAAACUGAAAACAGCUGGAGCAUCCAAUUGUGGAUCUUGGAUAACAGUAAACUGGGAAGUUACAGUUGUACUCUGAAAGGUGAAGAAGAAAUCAGCGCUGUGUUUCUCUUACGAGUACCGAAAAUUGAAGGAAGGGAAAAACCCAUAAUCAGUUAUGAAGGAGAUACAGCUGUAAUGAUUUGUAAAAGCUUUGGCUAUACUCCCAUUGCUUGGAUUUGGUAUAUGACCAAUGGAAGUGAACAGAUUGCCAUUAAUGACUCUUUGCUGGCAGACAAGUAUGUAAUUAAUAGAAUAUCUGCCAGUGUAACCCAUCUGAAGAUAUUGAAGCUCACCAAGGAAGAUGAUGGUGUAUAUUGGUGUGAAGCUGCUUUUGAACUAGGGAAAAGUAAAGGACAGCUGAAGCUUAAAGUUCUAUCCCUCAUGGUGCCUCUCAAACCCUUUCUGGCAAUUGUGGCAGAAGUUGUUAUUUUAGUAACUAUUGUUUUCCUUUAUGAGAUCUAUUCGAAAAAGAAAGAGAAACGUGCAGAAGAUGAAAAAGAAUUUGACCAAGUUGAGCAACUUAAAUCAGAAGAAAGCAAUGGUCUGGAAAACAGUAGUGCUAGACACAGAAGAAUUUAA